AUCAGCAGCAGGGAAAGGUACUGCUACUUAAGCGGAGAUAAAAGAAGAAACAGAGGAGAGGGGGAGAAAGAGAGGUGUUUGCAGAAAGGGAAAAGCCGUCGCAAACACAAGGGAGACAGAGCCAGGCGAACAAAGGCAGCGAGGGGGAAACAAAGCAGAAAGGAAAAUAUUUUGAGGAAAAAUAAAAAAAAUCUGAACGAAAUCAGAGGUGAAGUGAGAAAAAAGUGAGGAGAGAAAAGGAGUGUGAGGAGUGUAGUGAGUUACGGACCAAAGAAGCAGAGAAAUAAAGAGGCAAGAAAAGAAAAAGGAGGGAGAAGAAGAGCGAAGAGCGGCACACUAUAGAAUCGUGAAACUGAGAGAGAGAUAUACUCAGAGACAGCUGGCCCGGCAACUACAGAGAAAGAUGCAUGCUUCCUUGCUGCUUGGCUGCUUUCUCCUCGCUGCAACACAGUACUUUCUUGGCUCUGCACACAUGAUCCCCGACGAGAGACUCUCCGCCAACAGAGUCGUUGUAUCCAAUGCCUUGUCUCAAAACCUAGAAAUAGGAUCACCCUCUGUUGUUAUCGUGGAGUUACCGAAAUCAGUGAAGAAGAACAAGAAAACGAAGAAACCAAAAAAGAACAAAUUUGGGGUGAAAAAGCGUCCUCCUCCACCUGCUGGCUGCGUCGCCCUCUGGGGAAACUGUAAAUCUCCUGGCAAUGUGUGCUGUGAUUACUGCGCUUUCUGCCAGUGUCGGCUCUUCAAAACUGUCUGUUACUGCAGAAUGGGCAAUCCUCGCUGCUGAACGGCCGGCUGCAGCCUGUCUCCGCUCCAAGCUGACGGAACAAAACUUCGUGCUAAAGCAAACCACUUGCUGUGAACACCAUGGGAGGGGAUCACUCCUCGACCCUGGUUUGUAAUUUUGCCCCUAAAAUUCACUGCAUGAAAGCACUUUAUCGUGGAGGACUGCUGCGCAGUGAACUAUGUUAAAAUGGUACAGGGUGUAAUUCUUAGAGGCAGGGUAUGUAAAAUCUGCACGCCCCCCCGUUUUAUAUGCCACAGUUAUUGACUACCAAUGGGCUGUGGACACGCACGACUUACGUAGAGUAACCAAUAGGAACACUUACAAACAGCGACACUCGGUAAAAUGGCCUAUGAUUGGUGGAAAACUUCCACGGGAUGAUUUUUUAUCAAGCCUUUAAACACAGCCAGGAGGAGGCACAGAAGUGUUCUCUAGAAACACUUGAAUUAUAAUGUGCUGACAGGCUAUUAUCGAAUUUGGACAAAAUUGCGCCAUAUAAAUAAAUAAAUACAUACCCUGCCUUUAAGCACUGCUUUAAUACUCACAAAGGUUUUAAAACACCCUUAAACUUUGGUUUAAAUUUUUAGUACACAUAAAUGAAAUUUAUUUGCAGAGUAUUUUAUGUAUUUCUUUAUUUUCACACAUAAAUUCAUCAAUGUGCAGCACCAUUAAAAAGAGUAUUAUGUAUUUUAUGGAGCUUUGUGCAAACUGUGCUUUUACUAUGUUUUGUAUUACAUAGUUUUUGCUAUAUUUAGUGUGCACACAUAGCAAAUAUCAAGCAUUUAAUUUAAUAUAGAUUGCUAGCAAGAAAUUCCUACGCGAGUCCACAUAAAACACACACAAAACCUUAAAUCGUGACACAGGUCCAAAUUCACGGAUUCCUACUUGAACCACGAAUCCCAAAAUAAAGUUUACAAUUCUAGUGUCCUUUCUACAAAGCGGUUAGGAUAUCCAAAAUUAGUAACAGUACUUCUUUGUUUAUAUCCAUUAUGCAUGUAUUCUUGGCGCUGUAAUGAAGAAAUAGGUCACAUAGAGCAAUGCUUACAUGGACACUAGUAUUCCAGUAAUAAUCUGAAUAAACCGCUUCAUCUAACCACAUCAACCUGAACAGACUGACCUGACCAAUAUGAUUUAAUGGGAAAAUAUCUGCACCUAAUAACCAUGUAAACACUUGAUCUAGUCAUCUCUGGUGAAAUAAAUAUGUUCUCUAUGAGCAUGUUUGCUCCACAAAGGGUAAAACACCAAGUGCCAUGACAAGUUUCCAGGAGGAACAAAAGGAAGGAGGUAGAAAAAUAACCACUCGUUCAAACAAGUGAAGCUGGCACCACGUUGGAAGCAACGUUGAAAACGAGGCUCCAUCUUGGUCAUUUUCUUCAAUUGUGUGAAUUCAGUGUUAUCAAUAAAGUCUGUGAAAAAAAAAAACUUCUUCUGUUAUAUUUCUGGCAGAAUGUGGCAUGUUUACAUCAUAUCUUAUCAGCGCAUUUUAUUUAUCGUCAAUAUAAACAGUACUAUAAACAUUUCAGUUUACUUGCAGAAUAUUGUCCAUGUAAAUGAAGCCUUUGGUUUACUGUUAGACUGUACUAAAUAUUGGGCCAUUAAUAAAAAGGCAACAGUAUCUUGGCUCAAACAUAUGGUUUGAAGGAACAUAAAGAAUGAACUUGUUCCAAAAAAAGUAAAGUAAAUAUAUUUAGUGCAACAAAUUAUCGAUACAGAAGCCGACGCUUAGGAGUGUGCGUCAGGUUUUCUCCAGAAGCAUUCUCUCUUUUUACCUGCCCAUCAUUAGAUUAUCUUGUUUAAUCAGAUCACACUGUCUUUGACUUUAUUAUCAUCUGUGUUUUGUUACCGAGGAAAAUAAAUCCAGCUCAGGAGUCUCCUCCUUCAGUUUUAAAUCACCACCAGACAGCUGGGCAGAAAGCAAAAAUGUUUCCUGGAACCUCCAGUCUAUGUUUUCCAGUAAGUCACUGAUAAUUACAUUAGUUUUUACAUUCCCAUUGGAGUUCUACGAUGAAAAAUAAUAGGAUGUUAGUGAUAACUGGGGCCUUUUAAUGAUUGAUUUCAUUGGAGAGCCUGUAGCCCGGAUGGAUGGACUUUCUGAACUGGAAUGAUAAUUUGGCACUAAUGAAACAACACUGAUCAGGUCCGCUUCUGGAAACUCUGGCGCCAGGUUUUUAUUUAGUUUUGGAUUUUGGUGAUAAAUGUUUAUGGUCUUUUGUGAUUCAUUUUUCUUAAAUGAUGCUGAGUUUUCCUGCCUGUUUUUGUCGUUAGUCCUAGCUUUUUUUGUUAUUCCAUGCUGUGUUCAGUGGGGUUAUAGAUAGGUUAAUCUAGUGCUUCUAAACACUGGUGACAUGUUGGGAUGACUAGCAGAGACAUGAGGUGACUGACGUGUGCAAGUGAAAUAUCUUUUUAAUUUCCACUGGUCAGAUUGAACUCAAACUAUUUUAGUCGUAGCUCCAAUAGGUUUAAUUCUGGCUCAAGUGAAAUUAAUUCUAGGCCCAUUUUGUGAAAUUUCUUGACCUCUCCUGGUAUGAAAUGAUGAAAGCCAUUAAGAAUGAAUGCAGUUUUAUGCUUUAUUGUUUUAUUAUGUCUGUAUAUUUUGGUUCUAAUGAGACCCUAUCAGUGAAACUAGCUGAUUUAAACCACUGUUUUAUUCAACACAUUCAUUCUGCCGAUUAAAAGAGUGGAACACAG